AUGCUGGAGCCCGUGCCCGAUGUCGCCGAACGCAUCUACCCCGAAAUGACGAGCGUUACGGACAAGGAUGUUGAUAUGGUGCUGUUCUCAGCAGCUCAGCCUGUGACCUUCUGGUUGGAGCUGGGUUCCAUGGAGGGUGGCUCCGCAAUCGUUGCAGCGCAACGUGUGGCUACGCAUGGCCUCAACAUCUCAGUUAUAGCCGCCGACACGUUCUUGACAGAUGUGAACUUUCUCUGGACACGGCCGGACGAGGAGAAGCAUCGUCUCAUACGCCGUGACGGCAGUGUGUCUCUCUAUGACCGCUUCCGUGCGAACAUUCGACGAGCAGAUAUGCAAAGGUGCGUUCUGCCCAUGCUCGCAACCUCCGUGUCGGCCCUGAAGCUUGUUGCCGCAAUGGCCAGACAUCAGAUCAUUCAACUGCCGCAAGUCAUCUACCUCGAUUCCGGCCAUCAUGAAGGAGAGGUCUUGCUGGAACUUCGUCUGGCGUGGCAAGCUCUUUCGCCGGGGGGCAUUCUCUUUGGGGAUGACUGGACCUUUCCGGAUGUGCAUCAGGAUGUGUUGGAAUUCGCCAAGGAGGUUGAGGCUGACACGGAUGAUCAGCUGGGGGAGCAGGCCCAAGGCUUGCGCACCCUUGGACGGGUGGCGCCGGGUGUGUUUGUGUCUUAUGAGAGCUACCAGUGGUUCAUGCGGAAGCAUUUCGGGGCCCGCCCUCCAAAUGCUGCCAAACGGGGCGGAGGCGCUCACUGCUGGACACAGCACUUUGGUCCAGAGCGCUGCUGCGAUGAAUCCAAGCACGGACCAGGUGGUGACAAGGGGUGCUGGGACACGGUCUAUACCUUCGAGAAGUGCUGCGAGCAACCUCUUGGAUCUGGUCAGACAACAAUUCGGACGGAAGCUGGGAUUCUGUCCGCAGUUCAAGCUUCAGAACUCACGCUGAUCCAACUUUUUUGCGGGAAGCUGGCGGGCGUGGUGGCGAUUUCGGAAGAAGGAAACCCAGAAGAUCACAGCGACACCUCAAUGGUAGAAGGAGGCAAGUAUCACCUCGGUCCUAAACUUCUGUGCGACCCCAAGAACCUGGUCAUCGACUCGCUCACCGGCGAGGACGCGGCCCGACUUCUGGAGCUCAGCCAAGGAGGCGAAGAGGAUCCGCAGAGUCUCCACAGCUCGGCCGACUCUGGGCUUAAGAAGUCCAAGGCGUCCCCGGUGCGCGCGGCCGAGGCGAACGCCUCGGAGGCUCCCCCGCAGCUGGGCGGCAAGAGAGCAAAGGGAAAGGGGCACCAGAUCUUCUCAGAAGUUGUGGGUACCGGAGAGACCAACAACCUCGAACUUUUUGUCCAAGGCCACAUGCCCUUUGUCCAUGAAGUCCACAAGCCAGCAAGGGCAGCGCUGCCGGCACCUCCGCCUGCGGAACCUCCGCCUGCGGCGGACACCGAGCGGCAUCCCUCGCCGGUGCCGGCCGCCGAUGCAGCGGAGCCCUUGGAUGCUUCAGAAAACUUGUCGUAUUGGGAGCCCCAGGAGAUCGACAUGCAGGAGCUCCUCCUCCAGCAGGAGCGCAACCAGGCGAUGGAGGAGUUUGAGCAGCCGGGUGAACGGGACCUAGCAGAGCCGAAGACCAUGGACAUGGACAUGGACAGUCCGAAAGAGAUCGAAAGGACUGUCACACCUGCAGGUGAACCUGAACCCAGGCCGGGGCAAGGAAGCAGCUGGGAGCCAGCAAUCGGAGAGGCACUAGAGAAGCUAAUGGCUCUUGCCUCGACAGUGACCCCGGAAGCGGCAGAGCAGGAGCCAGAGCCACAAAUAGAGACCGAGCCCGCGGCGUCGAAGGCUCGGCAGCACAAUCCAGACGAAGUCCUUGGAGACGAGCAUAGAGGAGGUGCGACGGCCGCUGCCGCAGCUUCCGAGCAACGAGUGACCACAAGUCUCGGUCAACCCGAGGGCACCGGUCCAGGCAGGAGCUCGCCGCCAAGGGGUCCCGCGGAGAAGGUCAGGAAGCCCAAGGCCAGGAAGGUUCGCUCACGUCCGCAAGAAGCACUCCCGGAGGAGUCGUUGGCCGCGCCGGCUGCAGGUCCUCUCGUGGAGAAGUCGGAAAUCGAUUCAGGUGUGUCACGGACUGGCGAGCAGGUGGUGGGCUCUUCGCAGGACAAGGCGUGCGAGGAGAGGGCUGUGAGCCCCGGCCCCUCGGUUGCAUCUCCCGGAGACGGCCAAAGUGCCCUGCUCGGUGUCAGCCAGGACAAGGUCAAGAAGGCCAAAGACAAGAAGGAGAAGAAGGCAGAGAAGGCCCAGCGCAAGCGCGAGCUCAAGGAGCGGCUCCGAAGAGAAGUGGAGGAAGAGCUCCGCCUUGAGGAGGCACGGCGCACGGCCGGGCCAAGCCAUCGGCCCAAGUGGCGGCCGGAGUUCUUUUCGGAGGUCCAUCUCGACGAAGCCCCAAGGACCAAGGGGGCUCGGAUGCGCAAGAAGCGUCACAAAAAGCUGCUGGGAGGAUCUUGGGGUUUGGGGCUAUAG